AUGCCUUUCAUGGACGAUGUGUUACUCUGGUGUCCAGAGGCCGAGACUAAAAUUGAUGAUUUUACAGAAUGUCUUGGUAACGAAGUUUCCAGUCUCGGUGAACUACUCCAAUCGGAGAUAUCCAGUGAAUUAGACAACGCUUUAGACGGAGGAGGAGGAGCGAGUGUCCAGGAUGGCGGUGAACACUCUGGCGAUGAUGACAUUUUCAAGCAGCUGUCCGACUCGUCUGCGUUACUUGAACAGUUUUUCGAUUUUGUUAAUUGUGAUAUAAAGGAAGAAAAUAACAAUAAUGUUAUGUCAACGGGUAACAAAAACCAUGCUGCUGUUGCAUUACUCCAAGAACUGCAACGCACAAAUGCUGGCAAGAAAUUCAACAUUACCUCUGCAAAUCCUUUGCUUGCAGAAAAACUUUUGAAUCCUGUGUCUCAGUUAAAUCCAAGUUUAAACCAAAAUUCAGAUAUGUUCAUCAAUCAAAACAAGUACAUCAAGACAGAACCUUCGAUAAAUGAUACAGGUAGGUACAUUUUAUUAUAA